AGGAGCCUUGGUUUUACACUGCUCGUUUUAAGGAUGCUGAAAUUAUGCUCGCUAUGUGAAACAUUCACAGUGGUACCGUGCAACUGCUGUUACAUAGAUUGAUUGCGGAGGAUCUCAUUGCUUCCUCCUUAUGUCACAUGUACUGUGUGUAUUCCUUUUGUGGCGCCGGAGCAGCUGAAGGGUGGCUGGAACAAAACAAUAGACCGAAAUGCAGAGCUGUUCUUUGUAGCCAGCUAAUAACACGGACGGAAACCCACGACUGGAAAACGAACAGCUGCGACCGCGAACACAAGAAUAUGGAGGUGAUCGUGCACUGAUAUUGUCACAGACUGGAUUUACUUGGUGUUAAAAUAUCCUGAAAUAAACUGGGAGAAAAUAUGAAUUCCGCUGAAGCAGCCGAGGAAGGACCUAACGAUUCAGAUACGGACGCGUUUUUCAAAACAGGGUCCUUCAGAAACGACGGGAUUAAGGCGGCUGACGUGUUGCCCGUGCUGAAAGAGAAAGUGGCCUUUGUGUCAGGGGGCCGUGAUAAAAGAGGCGGACCGAUCUUGACCUUCCCGGCCAGAAGUAACCAUGACAGAAUAAAGCAGGAGGACUUGAGAAGACUGGUGACGUACUUGUCUACUGUACCCAGCGAGGAUGUUUGCAAGCGAGGAUUUACUGUAAUCAUUGAUAUGCGCGGUUCCAAGUGGGACCUUAUCAAGCCCUUACUGAAGACACUGCAAGAAGCUUUCCCUGCGGAGAUCUGUGUCGCCCUCAUCAUCAAACCUGACACCUUCUGGCAGAAGCAGAAGACCAACUUUGGCAGUGCCAAGUUCACCUUUGAGACUAGUAUGGUGUCAGUGGAGGGGCUGACCAAACUGGUAGACCCGUCGCAGCUGACGGACGACUUCGAGGGCUCCCUGGAGUACAACCACGAGGAGUGGAUGGACCUGCGCGUCUCCCUGGAGGAGUUCAUCGGCAGCGCCGCGCACCUCCUCUCGCGCCUGGAGGACCUGCAGGAGAUGCUGGCCAAGAAGGAGUUCCCGGUGGACGUGGAGGGCUCGCGGCGACUCAUCGACGAGCACACGCAGCUGAAGAAGAAGGUGAUGAAGGCUCCGGUGGAGGAGCUGGACCGAGAGGGCCAGAGGCUGCUGCAGUGCAUCCGCAGCUCGGACGGCUUCUCCGGCCGCAACUGCAUCUCGGGCAGCGCCGACUUCCAGAGCGUGGUGCCCAAGAUCGCCAGCCUGCUGGACAAGCUGCACUCCACCCGCCAGCACCUGCACCAGAUGUGGCACGUGCGCAAGCUCAAGCUGGACCAGUGCUUCCAGCUGAGGCUGUACGAGCAGGACGCCGAGAAGAUGUUUGACUGGAUCAGUCACAACAAGGAGCUGUUUCUGCAGAGCCACACGGAGAUCGGUGUCAGCUACCAGCACGCGGUGGACCUCCAAACGCAACACAACCACUUUGCCAUGAACUCUAUGAACGCCUACGUGAACAUCAACCGCAUCAUGUCCGUGGCCACGCGGCUGUCAGAAGCCGGGCACUACGCCUCUCAGCAGAUCAAGCAGAUCUCCGCCCAGCUGGACCAGGAGUGGAAGAGCUUCGCCGCCGCCCUGGACGAGCGGAGCACCAUCCUCGCCAUGUCCGCCGUCUUCCACCAGAAGGCCGAGCAGUUCCUGUCGGGCGUGGAGUCGUGGUGUAAGAUGUGCAGCGAGGGAGGGCUGCCCACAGAGAUGCAGGACCUGGAGCUGGCCAUACACCACCACCAGACGCUGUACGAGCAGGUGACCCAGGCCUACGCUGAGGUCAGUCAGGAUGGCAAAGCGCUGCUGGAUGUCCUGCAGCGGCCGCUAAGUCCGGGGAACUCGGAGUCGCUUACCGCCACGGCUAACUACUCCAAGGCGGUGCACUGCAUCUUGGAUGUGGUGCAUGAGGUUCUGCACCAUCAGAGGAGGCUGGAGAGCAUCUGGCAGCACCGCAAGGUCCGGCUACACCAGCGGCUCCAGCUGUGUGUGUUUCAGCAGGACGUCCAGCAGGUGAUGGACUGGAUAGAGAACCACGGCGAGGCCUUCCUCAGUAAGCACACAGGAGUGGGGAAGUCUCUGCACCGGGCGCGGGCGCUGCAGAAACGGCACGACGACUUCGAGGAGGUGGCCCAGAACACCUACACCAACGCGGAUAAACUGCUGGAGGCGGCGGAGCAGUUGGCUCAGACUGGGGAGUGCGACCCGGAGGAGAUCUACAAGGCCGCCCGCCACCUGGAGGUGCGCAUACAGGACUUUGUCCGGCGCGUGGAGCAGAGGAAGCUCCUGCUGGACAUGUCCGUGUCCUUCCACACGCACACCAAGGAGCUGUGGACCUGGAUGGAGGACCUUCAGAAGGAGCUUCUGGAGGAGGUGUGCUCUGACUCGGUCGACUCUGUGCAGGAGCUCAUCAAGCAGUUUCAGCAGCAGCAGACCGCCACGCUGGAGGCUACGCUCAACGUCAUUAAAGAGGGGGAGGACCUUAUCCAGCAGCUGAGGGACUCCGCCAUGUCCAGCAACAAGAUGCCCCACAACAGCUCCAUCGCGCACAUCGAGGGCGUCCUGCAGCAGCUGGACGAGGCCCAGGGCCAAAUGGAGGAGCUCUUUCACGAGCGCAAGAUCAAGCUGGACAUCUUCCUGCAGCUCCGCAUCUUUGAGCAGUACACCAUCGAGGUGACGGCGGAGCUGGACGCCUGGAAUGAGGACCUCCAGAGGCAGAUGAGUGACUUCAGCACGGAGGACCUGGCUCUGGCCGAACAGCGUCUGCAGAGGCACCAGGAGCGCAAGCUGGCCAUGAACAACAUGACCUUCGAGGUCAUCCAGCAGGGCCAGGACCUGCACCAGUACAUCAUGGAGGUCCAGGCCUCCGGCAUUGAGCUGACGGGGGAGAAGGAGGUGGACCUGGCGACCCAGGUACAGGAGCUCUUGGAGUUCCUCCAUGAGAAGCAGCAUGAGCUGGACCUGAGCGCAGACCAGACCCACAAACGGCUGGAGCAGUGCCUGCAACUGCGCCACCUACAGGCCGAGGUCAAACAGGUGUUGGGGUGGAUCCGGAAUGGGGAGUCCAUGCUCAAUGCUAGCCUGGUGAACGCUAGCUCACUGUCGGAGGCUGAACAGCUGCAGAGGGAGCACGAGCAGUUCCAACUGGCCAUCGAGUCCCUGUUCCACGCUAACUCGCUGCAAAAGACGCACCAGAGCGCCCUGCAGGUCCAGCAGAAGGCCGAGGUCAUGCUCCAGGCUGGACACUACGACCCGGACGCCAUCCGGGGCUGCGCAGAGAAGGUGGCUCUGCACUGGCAGCAGCUCAUGCUCAAGAUGGAGGACCGCCUCAAGCUGGUCAACGCCUCUGUGGCCUUCUACAAGACCUCCGAGCAGGUUUGCAGUGUGCUGGAGAGCUUGGAACAGGAGUACAGGAGAGAUGAGGACUGGUGUGGGGGCCACGACAAACUGGGAGCCACCGCUGAGACCGACCACGUCAUCCCCCUCAUCAGCAAACACCUGGAGCAGAAAGAGGCCUUCCUCAAGGCCUGCACGCUGGCCAGGAGGAACGCUGAGGUGUUUCUCAAGUACAUCCACCGGAACAACGUGGGCAUCCCCGGAGCGGCCAGCCACACCCGCGGGCCCGAGCAGCAGGUCAAAGCCAUCUUGAACGAGCUGCUCCAGAGGGAGAACCGGGUGCUGCACUUCUGGACCAUGAAGAAGAGGAGGCUGGACCAGUGCCAGCAAUACGUGGUGUUUGAGCGCAGUGCCAAACAGGCCUUAGACUGGAUCCAGGAAGCAGGAGAAUAUUACCUCUCUACUCACACCUCCCCCGGGGAGACCAGCGAGAAAACUCAGGAACUGCUCAAGGAGUACGAAGAAUUCCGAGUCUCCGCCAAGCAAACCAAGGAGAAGGUGAAGCUUCUCAUCCAGCUGGCCGACAGCUUCGUGGAGAAGGGCCAUGUCCACGUCACCGAGCUGAAGAAGUGGGUCACCACGGUGGAUAAGCGCUACCGGGACUUCUCCCUGAGGAUGGGGAAGUACCGCUCCAGCCUGGAGAAAUCUCUGGGGAUCUCUUCUGAGGAUAAUAAAGACUUGGAGCUGGACAUCAUUCCAGCCAGCCUGACCGAUCCAGAGGUCAAACUGCGUGACCCCAACCACGAGGUCAACGAGGAGAAGAGGAAAUCCGCCCGGAAAAAAGAGUUUAUAAUGGCUGAACUCCUGCAGACUGAGAAGGCGUAUGUCAGAGACCUUCAGGAAUGCUUGGAGACCUACCUGUGGGAGAUGACAAGCGGGGUGGAGGAGAUCCCGCCAGGAAUCGUCAACAAGGAGCACAUCAUCUUCGGAAACAUCCAGGAGAUUUAUGAUUUUCAUAACAACGUUUUCCUUAAAGAGUUGGUGAAUUACGAACAGCUUCCUGAGGACGUGGGACACUGUUUCGUCACAUGGGCUGAUAAAUUCCAAAUGUAUGUCACAUACUGCACGAACAAACCAGAUUCUAGCCAGCUGAUCUUGGAGCAUGCCGGAAGCUUCUUUGAUGAAAUUCAACAAAGACACGGCCUGGCCAACUCCAUCUCCUCCUACCUGAUCAAACCAGUGCAGAGGAUCACCAAGUACCAGCUCCUCCUUAAGGAGCUGCUCACGUGCUGCGAGGAGGGGAAGGGCGAGAUUAAGGAUGGCCUGGAGGUCAUGUUGAGCGUCCCGAAGAGGGCCAACGACGCCAUGCACGUCAGCAUGCUGGAGGGCUUCGACGAGAACCUGGACGUCCAGGGAGAGCUUAUCCUGCAGGACACCUUCCAGGUGUGGGAUCCCAAAACCCUGAUCCGGAAGGGCCGGGACCGCCACCUCUUCCUGUUCGAGAUCUCGCUGGUCUUCAGCAAGGAGAUCAAGGACUCGGCAGGGCGCACCAAAUACGUCUACAAGAACAAGCUGCAGGCCGCAGAGCUGGGUGUGACGGAGCACAUCGAAGGGGACCCCUGUAAGUUCGCUCUCUGGGCGGGAAGGACCCCCUCCUCCGACAACAAGACCGUCCUGAAGGCAUCAAACAUCGAGGUGAAACAGGAGUGGAUCAAAAACAUCCGUGAGGUGAUCCAGGAGAGGAUUAUUCACCUGAAGGGGGCGCUAAAGGAGCCCAUCCACAUGCCCAAGACACCCGCCAAGCAACGCAACAACAGCAAGAGGGACACUGGAGACGACGCAGACAGUCAGGGUGAUGGCAGCAGCCAACCAGACACCAUUUCUAUCGCCUCCAGGACCUCCCAAAACACGGUGGACAGUGAUAAGCUCUCCGGGGGCUGCGAGCUCACCGUGGUGCUCCAGGACUUCUCGGCCGGCAGCAGCGGGGAGCUCAGCAUCCAGACGGGCCAGACGGUGGAGCUCCUGGAGAGGCCCAGCGACCGGCCUGGCUGGUGUCUGGUGCGCACCACCGACCGCACCCCCCCCCAGGAGGGCCUGGUUCCCAGCAGCACCCUCUGCAUCUCGCACUCCCGCAGCAGCGUGGAGAUGGAGAGCUUUUUCCCCGCAGGCAAAGAGAACUACUCGGUCAGUGGUCCGGAUGGGAAGACCGACUCCGUGGCCACCCUCCAGCCUCAGACCUCCAUGAGCUCCAUCCAGACCAGCUCGCCGGGGCCCAAACGCUCGGGGAACACCCUGAAGAAGUGGCUCACCAGCCCCCUGCGUCGCCCCAGCCACGGCAAGGCCGACAGCGGCGUGAAGAAGAUCCCCAGCAAGACCAAGAAGAGGGACGGCCGCAAGAGCAUCGACAUGCUCAACGAGAACGAGGGGGCGCCGCAGGACGAGAGCGCGGACGAGCGGGGCAGGAAAGAGGGCCCUCUGUACAAGUCAUCGUCCGGGAUGCAGAGCGGAGGAGAGGAGGAGCCUGAAGACGAAUCUCACACCCCCCUCCCUCCCCCCAUGGAGAUCAUCAAGGACCCCUCCGCCCAGGACGAGAAGUCGUCCUCAUUGCUUUCCGCGCGUCAGGGUGCGGCUGAUGUCCCCAGCGCGGCGGAACUUGUCAGUGCAAUAGAAAAAUUGGUCAAAACUAAGAUGACGCUGGAUCCGGGGCUGUACCCCAGCAUCAGCGGGGUGACCCCAGCGGAGCAGCCUGCCCCUCAGCCCAAAAACCCUGAGAUGGAGCAGCGGGCCAAAGCCCUGCGGGGACGCAUGUUUGUCCUCAAUGAGCUGGUUCAGACAGAGAAGGACUAUGUGAAGGAUUUGGGGACUGUGGUUGAGGGGUUUAUCAAGCACAUGGAAGAAAAGGGGGUUCCUGAAGACAUGAAAGGAAAAGACAAGAUUGUUUUCGGGAACAUCCAUCAGAUCUAUGACUGGCACAGAGAGUUCUACCUCGGCGAGCUGGAGAAAUGCCUUCAAGACCAAGAACUGCUGGCGCAGCUGUUCAUAAAACACGAGAGGCGGUUGCACAUGUAUGUGGUUUACUGUCAGAACAAGCCCAGGUCUGAGUUUAUCGUCGCUGAAUACGACUCAUACUUUCAGGAGGUGCAGCAAGAGAUAAACUCAAGACUAUCUAUUAGUGACUUUCUCAUUAAGCCAAUCCAGAGAAUAACCAAGUACCAGCUGCUUCUGAAGGACUUCUUGAAGUACAGUUCAAAAGCUGGCGUUGACUGUCAGGAAAUUGAGAAAGCAGUAGAUUUAAUGUUCCUGGUUCCCAAGCGAUGCAAUGACAUGAUGAACUUGGGGCGACUGCAAGGCUAUGAGGGGAAGCUCACCAGCCAGGGCAAGCUGCUGCAGCAGGACACCUUCUUCGUGACGGAGCAGGAUUCGGGCGUCCUGUCCCGCAGCAAGGAGCGGCGGGUGUUCCUGUUCGAGCAGAUCGUCAUCUUCAGCGAGCUCCUCCGCAAGGGCUCGUCCACGCCCGGCUACCAGUUCAAGAAGAGCAUCAAGGUGAGCUUCUUGAGUAUAGACUCAAAUGUGGACAACGACCCCUGCAAGUUCAUCCUCUUCUGUCGAGGUUCGUCGGAGCGUUUCACCCUUCAGGCAGCCAAUCAGGAGAUAAAGCGGGUCUGGAUCCAGCAAAUUAACGACCUGCUGGACGCCCAGAGCGACUUCCUGUCAGCCCUACAGUCUCCCAUAGAGUACCAGAAGAAGGAGGGGGGCGGCUCUCACUCCCUCACCCGAAUCCCGUCGGGCAGCGGGCGGUCCGGUCAGCCCAACAGCAGGCCCCACUCCUCCACCUCGGUGGGGGCCGAGAAGCCCCCCAUCUCAGGCCGCUCCUCCACGCCUCUCAAGCAAUCUACCUCUAACGGCAGCCCCUGCUACGAGCCUCAGAAACAGGGCGAGCGCAUCGAGUCUGGCAGGCACGACGGGGCCGGAUGUAACGGGAUGUCCUCCACCAUGAUGGUGACCCAGGACUACAGCGCACUGAAGGAGAACGAGAUCUGCGUCAUCCAGGGAGAGAUGGUGCAGAUCCUGGCCACCAACCAGCAGAACAUGUACCUGGUGUACCGGCCUGCCAACAGCCACUCCCCCGCUGCCGAGGGCUGGCUGCCGGGGGACAUCCUGGGGCCGCUCAGUAAAACGCUCUUAGACAAUGCUGACGGCAGCAUCAAGAAAUCUCUCUCGUGGCACACCCUGCGCGUGAGAAAGCGAGCAGAGAAGGAAGGCGCUAGCAAAAGUGAUGCAAAAGUCGAGAACGGACUGCGUAAGCCCAAGGAGGUUUUGACCACCAAGGUCACUGUUAAAGAGUCUCACAGCUCAGAGGAGUCAGAUUGUGAUGAGCUAGACCCCAAAACUAGCAUGGAGUUACUGAAUCCAAAUUUUAUACAAGAAGUGGCCCCGGAGUUCCUGAUUCCUCUUGCUGAUGUGACGUGCGCAUUUGGAGAGACUGUUGUCUUGUGUUGCAAAGUCUGCGGACGUCCAAAGCCGAACAUCACACUGAAGGGACCAGAUCAAAGCCUGGUCGUCAACAACAGUCGUUUCACCAUAAACAUCAGGGAAACAGGGGAUAUUCUGCUGAAGAUAUGCAACCUGAUGCCCCAGGACACGGGCAUCUACACCUGCGUGGCGAUUAACGACCACGGAACUGCCUCCUCCUCGGCCUCCAUUAAGGUGCAAGGUAUCCCAGCAGCCCCGGCGAGGCCGGUAGCUCAGGAGGCUAGCAGCACGGCCGUGAUUGUGCACUGGCUCCCCCCGGCCAGCUCGGGGAACUGCGCCGUGUCCAGCUACACUGUGGAGUACCGGCAGGAAGACUCCCUGGUGUGGCAGCAGUCGGUAGUGGUCACUACAGGGGAUAUGUGUGUGAAAAUCGAGGAACUCAUUCCAGGAGGGCAUUAUCAGUUCCGGGUCAGCGCCAGCAACCCCUGGGGGGUCAGCCCGCCCAGCGAACCCUCCAACAUGGUGACCUUGCCAAGCGGGAAUUCAUAUGACGGGACGGGUAUUCAGUGGAAAGACAACUUUGAAGCAACUUUCACUGAAGUCAGCGAGAUCGGAAGGGGCAGGUUCGCCGUGGUGAAGAAGUGCCUGAACAAGGUGUCCAAGAAGGAGGUGGCGGUGAAGUGCAUCGCCAAGAAGAUGCAGAAGAAGGAGCAGGUGGCUCACGAGGCGGACAUCCUGCGUCACGUCCAGCACCCGCAGCUACCGCAGCUCCUCGAUACCUACGAGUCGCCCGCCUCCUUCCUGUUGGUUCUGGAGCUCCUGGAAGACGGGCGGUUGCUGGACUACCUGGUGGCCCACGAUGAGCUGAUGGAGGAGAAGGUGGCCUUCUAUGUGAAAGACACCCUGGAGGCCCUCAGCCACCUCCACACCUGUAAAGUAGCACACCUGGACGUAAAGCCGGAGAACCUUCUGGUGAACCUCCAUGUCCCUGUCCCGUGUGUGAAGCUCAUCGAUUUCGGAGAUGCGGUCCAGGUGUCGGGCCACCGCUAUGUGCACCUUCUUUUGGGGAACCCGGAGUUUGCGGCCCCGGAGCUGAUCCAGGGGGCCCCGGUGUCCCUGAGCACGGACGUGUGGAGCGUGGGGGUACUGGCCUACGUCAUGCUGAGCGGGGUCUCCCCCUUCCUGGACGAGAGCCUGGAGGAGACCUGCGUCAACAUCUGCCGGUGCGACUUCUGCUUCCCCGACGACUACUUCCUGGGGGUAAGCCAGGCGGCGCGAGACUUCAUCGGCUCGGCCCUCCAGGAGGACCCCCGAAAACGGCCGGGGGCGGCCUCCUGCCUGCAGCACCCCUGGGUGAGCGCCCACAGCGGGGAGCACUCCAAGAGCCCUCUGGACACGGGGCGGCUGGCCUCCUUCAUCGAGAGGAGGAGGCAGCUGAACGACGUCAGACCCGUCACCAACAUCAAGGGCCUGGUGACCAGCAGCAUGGGACACACCCUGUGAGGACUGGGCUGAGGGGUCAUGCGCUGGCCCACUUCCCAACCGUCCCGAAUUUUGAGAAAAACGGGGACGGGGGGGGAUCCUUCACUCCAUCCGGACCAGGGGUAGGCCACCCCAGGUUUAGGUUCAUGGGUUUGAGCCAGGUGUUGAUAUGGAAGUG